UUACUCAAAACAGAUUCAGUCUUCUAUUGUCAACGAUGGCUUCAACACAGAACUCGGAAAAGGCGAAGACGAAUCCGUUGGUGAAACACAAUGUAAUUAAAUUCGCGUAUAUGCAUUUAGCUGCUCUAUACGGUUUCUAUUUAUGCUUCACUAGCGCAAAAUGGGCAACAAUAAUAUGGGCACUGCUUCUGCUCGAAGCAGCGAAGAUAGGCAUCACGGCAGGAGCUCAUCGACUCUGGUGCCACAGAGCAUAUAAAGCCAAAAUGCCAUUACAGGUGAUUCUUCUCAUCUUCAACAGUCUCGCAUUCAUGAAUACAGCCACGUACUGGGUGAGGGAUCACCGUCUCCACCACAAAUAUACAGACACCGACGCGGACCCUCACAAUUCGAACCGUGGCUUUUUCUUUUCGCAAAUCGGAUGGCUGUUCGUGCGGAAACACCCUGAAGUAAUAGAAAAAGGAAAAACCAUCUAUAUGGACGACAUUUACAAUGAUCCUUUAUUGAGAUUCCAGAGGAAACACGCAGUGCUAGUGAUAGGAACCUGCGCUUACCUUGUUCCUACAAUCGUUCCCAUGUACUUCUGGAAUGAAAGCUUCAGCAACUCUUGGCAUAUCGCGACAAUGUUACGUCACGUGCUGACCAUCAACUUAAUAUUCUUAGUGAACAGUAUCGGCCAUCGAUGGGGCAGUCGUCCAUUCGACAAAAGCAUCAAACCAGUUGAGAAUCUCUCGAUUUCUCUGCUCACAACGGGUGAAUGUUUCCACAAUUACCACCACGUAUUCCCAUACGAUUACAAAGCAUCCGAACUUGGCGAUACAAAAUUCAAUGCGGCGACGCUUUUUAUCAACUUUUUUGCGAAGAUCGGAUGGGCAUAUGAUUUGAAAAUUAUUCCUGACAAUGUAAUAAUAGCUAGAAUUAAAAGGACUGGAGCAGAUAAAACAUUAUGGGGAUGGGGUGACAAGGAUCAAACACAAGAAGAAAUAGACGGUAUUGAAUUACUUUACUCUAAGAGGAAUGUAGCAUAGAAAAUAAGUUUCUAUUUUUUUAAAAGAUUUGUCGAAUAAAUAGUCAUUUUGCAUGA